UGCACACUACAUAGUGGACGUGGUCGUGUUGGGAUGCUGCUGCAGCUUUGUAUGGGGAACCAAAGGGAUAAAGGCUCCGCCUCAGCCACUGGAUUAAGGUCUCAAUCGUCAGCACAUCUGUCAGUAGGCGGGGGGGACCUUCUUGUCCAACUUUCCCCCUCCUCCCUCCCCCUGACCUCAACACUGCUGUGCUGCCACAGGGAGCAGUGUGGUAGGGGAGAGCACUACUGCGUCUCGCGGAGAGGAGACGUUAACUGCCACGUCUGUGUGGAGAGCUUUUCUAAUUCCUCCAGCUGAGGAAGACUAUAUAUUCUCUUCUUUUCCCGCCUUUUAUUGCAACACUGCCACUGUCUUGUUGACUGAAGAGCUUGAAAUAAGGUCGAACGAACAUAGAGUGCACCUGCUGACUGUGAGAUUAUGAUGCACUGACUGAACUCCCACCUGUGGUUGACCUGCUGACCCAGAGCUGCUUUGCGCUCACUGGAUGCUUGCGGUUUUGUUUUGCGUGCAAAGAGUCGGCAGCUUCGUGUUCGCGCGGGCACUCGAGAUGAUGUUCACCGCCAAGUUCUCGCUGUCCAACAUCCACGUGAGACUGACGGCCAAAGGUUUGCUCCGGAACCUCCAGCUCCUCUCGGGAUGCAAGAAGAACACUUUGGUCUUCUGUGCAGUGGACAAGAACAAACAGAAGCCCAACGCCAGAACCCUGCAGCAGCAGCAGCAGGUGAAUGGGCAUCGGGAAGCAGCGGCCCCCGUCAAGAAGGCAUGCAGUGUGGAGUGUCAUCAGGCACAGUGUGAGAGAAACACAAAGACCAUCCAGGAUCUGAAGAGUGUCGUUCUUGAAAGCAACCGCAGAUUCGAGGCCGUCUCUGUCGUCCUGCAGCACUGUUUAGCAGAGCGAGAAGAGUCCUUGAGGAAAUGUGAGCAGUUGUCUGUGGAGCUGGUGAACCUGCGGGAGGAUCUGGUGAACUCCUCCCAGUCAUGCGAGCGCCUCGAGCAGGAGAAGGACGAGCUGCGAGGGGCCUUCGAUGGCGUCCUCCAGAAGCUGCAGGAGCAGCACCGCAGUGACCUGGCUGAACUGGAGGAGAGGCUCAGGGCCUUCUACUCAGCCGAAUGGGAGAGGGUCCACCAGGUCUACCAGCAGGAGGCUGACAAGUGCAAGGCCCAGAUGGAACAGCAGCUGGAAAGUUUAAGAUCCAAGCAUGAGGUUUUGAGGAAAGACCUGGAAGCCAGCCAUGCUGACAAGAUGGAGAGCAUCACACAGCAGUAUGAGCAAUCUUUAGAAGAACUCAGGAAAUCCCAUGAAGCAGAAAUGCAAACAUUGGAAAACAUGCUGAAGGAGACUGAAGUUAAUUUAACAGGUCAGAUUGAAGAGCUGAGAACGGAAAACAGUGCUUUAAACGAAAACGAGAUGUGGAAGGAGACGACAGCUGAAUGUCAGACGGACUCCCACUCUCUCUAUCUGGAGCAGGAGCUGGAGAGUCUUAAAGUGGUGCUGGACAUCAAAAACAAGCAGCUCCACCAGCAGGACAAGAAACUCAUGCAGAUGGACAAAGUGCUGGAGAAGAAUGUGAAACUUGAUGAGUCUCUGCAAAAAGUUCAGCAGGAGAACGAGGACUUCAAAGCCAGGAUGAACAAGCAUAUGGCUUUGUCUAGGCAACUGUCCAGUGAGCAGGCAGUACUGCAGGAGUCUCUUCAGAAGGAGUCUAAAGUGAACAAGCGUCUCUCCAUGGAAAAUGAAGAGCUCCUGUGGAAAUUACAGAAUGGAGACUUGAGCAGCCCCCGCAAGCUGUCGCCCUCCUCGCCCUCCAUGCCCCUGCAGACACCCCGGAACUCGGGCAUCUUUUCCAGCCCUCCUGUUUCACCCAGAUAACACCGGCUGAAGGCUUCCAUGAAGCACGCUACCUGGGACUCUGAGUUUUUUUUUUUUAUAUAUAUAUACUAUACCCAAAAGCUAUAUUAGCUACACCGGGGUUACUUUAGCCCUGUUAUCCCGAGAAGACAUUUCCAAAAAUGGAUAUACUUUUUCGACAUAUGUAAAGAUGCGU